UAUAGAUACUAAAGGACGGCGAUCAAGCUAGCAUUGGACACAAUGCCGCUCGUAGUAAUGUGUGGACUACCUUGCAGCGGAAAAUCAACGCGGGCGCGACAGCUACAGGAGCACUUGAAGCGAACGUGGCCAGUUGAACUUGUCUCCGAUGACGACGGCCUCCUGCGGAACGACGUCUACACAGGUGCUGUUGAUGCGGCCCGGGAGAAGCAGUUGCGGGACCAGCUUAAAUCAGACGUGGCACGGUUGCUCUCGCGGGACCGCCUGGUGAUACUGGAUGCCCCCAACUAUAUCAAAGGCUACCGGUAUGAGUUGUAUUGCCUGGUGCGAGGGGCACGGACAAACCACUGUGUGGUGCAAGUGCUGGCUACCCAGGAACAGUGCAAACAGUGGAACGGGGAGCGGCCUCAUGUGCAGCAGUACACACCAGAGGUGCUGACUGCCCUGGCUGAGCGGCUUGAGUCACCUGAUGCAAACAACCGCUGGGAUAGGCCACUCGUACAGCUGUCCUUGGACACAGAUGAUGCAGAGGCUGCCAAGGAAGUUGAGAAUGCACUGUCUGGUCACCAGCCACUGCCACCUCACCGUUCUACACAGAAUGCUCCCCUGGUUGCAGACUUGCACGAGCGUGACCAGCUGACACGCAACUUAGUUCAGACAAUGCUGCAGUCUUCUGACCCAAUGCUGCCACCUGCUGGCCAACUGCACAGACUGCGACGUCAGUUCUUGGCUUGGAGUGGAACACGCCCUCUGUCCGAACUGCCACAGCUGUUCGACCUGUAUGUGCGGAGUGGUGGCAACCAGUGCUAGGCGUCUGCUAACUCCAGUAGUGUGCUACUGUAAGCAAGGUCCCAGUAGUGCUCCACACCGUGCUUGCGGAAGUGCUCCCUGGCCAGCGACUCUGUUGGGCACACCUUGAACUUGAGCUCGCCAAAGCUCCGUGACUUGACUGUGCCCUGCAGCAACAGCACAACAUGCCAGGUCCCUUCUCAUGUCAUCAGCCGCAGGUGCGUCCUUGGGUGUCUUGAAUCUGUCAUUCCAGGCUGCCCGAGGUGUUGCUUUCAACCAAUUAAUGUUGGUACAGUAAACAUCCCGGGCAGCCGGGAACAGCAAGCUGACGGGACCACUAGGCAAAAUAAAGCAAACACCAAGCAUGUGCAACUGCAACCAAA